AUGGAAGCAUACCACAAGGAUGAAGCUCUCGUAGGUCAUGACAAGAACUUGGAGGGCGGGUCAGAUCGCGAGAUCUCGCCAACAGAUGACCGUACUCAAUCGACGACGGAAAUCUACGGCCUCGAGGGGACGCUGUUCGAGAAGAAAUGCGCACUGAUCAACGCCGAGGUGGACGACAUGGCCAUGGGAAAAUACCAAUGGUAUCUAUGGGUACUGUGUGGUUUCGGCUACUUCCUAGACCUCCUAUGGGCGGAGGCAUUUGGUCUCGUGCUCAGCCCGCUGCAGCAGGAGUUUGGCUUCGCGUCUGACAAGACGAGCAACAUCUCCGUCUGCUUCUCGGCCGGCCUCACUGCUGGAGCCGGCUUCUGGGGUAUCCUGGCCGAUAUCGUGGGCAGACAGUGGGCAUUCAACCUGACUGUACUGACGGCCACUAUUUUCGGACUGGCAUUGGGUGGUUCGAACAACUACGAAACCUUUCUGAUUCUGACUGCAUUUGUCGGAUUCGGCAUUGGCGGCAACAUCCCCCUCGACACCACCCUCUUCCUCGAGUUUGUGCCUCAAAACCGCCGCCGACUCUUACCCUUCCUCUCCAUCUUCCAACCGCUAGGCGUCGUAAUCUGUUCCGCGCUCGCCUACGCCUACAUCCCCGCAUACAGCUGCACCCCUAACUUCACCUCUCCCGACGCCCUUCCGUCCUGCAACAACGUCGCGGCCGGCGUGCCGUGCUGCGGGAUGAAGAACAACAUGGGCUGGCGCUACCUCCUCUUCACCGUCGGCGCAAUGACCCUGGCCGUCUUCGUGCUGCGCUUCUUCGUCUUCCGCUUCCAGGAGAGUCCGAAAUUCCUCAUUUCGCGGGGCCAAGAUGCCAAAGCGGUGCAAGUGCUGCAGAAUGUGCGCGCCUUCAAUGGGCAGAAGUGUAACCUCACUUUGCAGAUGUUCGAGGAGUUGACCAGCGAACACGAAUCGCUCCACAGCCGUGCAGCAAUGCUCGGCGGCGGCGUGCUCCAGCUGAAAAGCACGUGGAAGGAAAAGAUCCUGCUGGAAUUGGACCGUUUCAAAAUGCUCUUCCAAUCCGAGCGCGUGGAAAACGCCUCGACCUUCAACGACAAGGCCUUUGGCGGCGUGGCGAGAUACUGGAACAACUCGCGCAUGGCGCGCCUCACCAUCCUCGUCUGGCUGACGUACAUCUGCGAUUUCUUCGGCUUCACGCUAGCGGGAUACUACCUGCCGACUGUCAUCGCAGCGAAGAACGCAGACAUCUCUGUCGGGCUGAAGGAGAGCUACCGAGACUACAUCUACAUCUACCUCCCGGGGAUCGUAGGCGUGCUGAUCGGCGUGCUGUGCUACGACAUCCCGGGGUUCGGGCGGAAGUGGACGAUGGUCAUUAGUUCGGGACUGAUGGGCGCGUCGCUGUUCAUCUUCGCCGAGAUCAACUCGCAAGCUUCGAAUAUCGGGUUGAGCUUGCUGGAGUACUUGAUGCAGAGCAUGUUCAAUGCCGUUCUGUACGGCUGGACGCCCGAGGCGUUUCCCGCUCCGAUUCGUGGAACGGCGUGCGGGUUUGCGAGUUGUCUGGGGCGGAUAGCAGGGCUGAUUGCACCUUUGACCGCCGCGGGCCUGGUACCUCCACAAGGAAGUCCAGGAAGCUCGUACGACGUUUUGCUAUAUUUGGCGGGCGGGGUGACGUUGGGUUGUGUGCUGUGGACAGCGCUGCUGCCGAACAAAAUUGUCGGAUCGCGGUCUAUGUAA